AUGGAGGAAUAUGAGUUUAAGUUAUCGGACGAGUAUCGGAAUAUGGCGCUGCGUGAUUUGCGGGAAGACGAUUUGAUACGUAAGCAAAGUUUGGAGCAAAUGAUCGAGUGGAUUCAGAAGCAUCCGUAUAUCAAAAGUUGUCGCACAGAUCCGAAAUUCCUUUUGGCGUUUUUGCGGAAGAAAAAAUUUAAUACGAUGGAAGUUCGAACACUUCUGGAAGACUUUUUGCGGUUCAGGGAGAGUAAUUAUCGUUGGUUUCGUAUGUUGACGAUAAAAGACAAAGCUGUCGAGGAUAUGAUCGAUACCGGAUAUAAUAUAUUUUUUCCCAAAAAAGACAAAAAUGGGCGACGUUAUGUGUGGCAUCGUACCGGUUCCGUCAAUCCCGACACAUACAACGUCGACGUAUCGAUGCGCGCCAUGUCACUGAUGUUCCAAACCAUCUUGCACGACGAAGAAAGUCAAGUAGGCGGCAUUACCGCUAUCAUCGAUCAUGCCGGCCUUACAUGGAAUCACGCCAAACUCCUCACAAUUUUCGAGUUACGCGAAAUUCUCGGCAGUUACAAAGUCAUGCCGUUACGCAUCAAAGACGUGCUUAUCGUCAAUAUGCCGCCGUUCUUGCACAAAGUCGCCGAAAUCCUGGAUCCGUUCAUCUGCAACAUGUUCAACAUGGAAAAGCGGAAAAUUUAUCGCGAUUGGGAGGAAUUGCGAAAAGUCAUCGAUGUUGAUGUCUUGCCCGCGGACUUGGGAGGCAACGAAAGACCCACGGCGGAAAUUCUGAAGGAUUUCAAGGAGAAAAUCGUCGCGUACGAGAAUGAGACAAAAGACUAUCCACAGCUGAUUUACGACUCGCCGAACGAAACGAAGAACUGGGAUACGCAAAAGACGGAAAAUGGCGGCGGGGGCUUAGCGGGGUCGUUUAGGAAACUCGAAAUUGAUUGA